AUGGACAGCUUUUCGACACUGAGGCCGGCGCAGAUCAGCGUGCUCGUGCUGGGCGUGGGCCAAAUCACGCGCGACACUUUCAUACAAUGCCUUCGAAGGCUCCAGCAAGAGGCCAGCGUGCUGCCUUUGCCUUUGGCCGACUUGGCCCACACCGCCAUCGACGCUGACCACGCCUUUCUCUUGCCCAGCAACCCUUCGCCAGGCUCGCUCAUCUACAGCUACUCUCCCUCGCUACCCUCAGCGCAGCAAGCGCAGCUUCCGCCAUAUGAGCUCUACCGAGAGCCACUGCUGGUUCUGGGAGUAGUCGACGCACGCAGUAAUGCCAUCAAGGACAGCGCGAAGAAAGAGCUUGAGGGCGCCUCGGCCUAUCUGAAAGAGCGCCACCCACGUGUGGUACAUCGUCAAUUGUUAGUGCUUGCACGAGACGACAAGCAAGGUGUAUCAGAAAUAUCCAAUGCAAUUGCUAUAACAAACAUUGAAACCCACAAUGAUCCGUCGCUGCGAGAAGCAAUGUCGUUGGUAUCUGCGCGCUUCCUUGUCGAGUUCUCUACUUAUGCGAAAGCCGUGCAGGCCUCUCCUACCAUUCAAACACCCGGCCAGACAGCUCGCAAUCUGCAAAGAACAAGUUCGCUGCGGGACGAUGAGCGCAGCGCAAGAACCGGCUCUGGAGCUGGCACGCCUGUCAGUGCUACCGUGUCGAGUCCCACGGAGCACGGAAGUCCUUCGCGAUUUCCCUCUAAAGCACCGCCGCAUCCUGCCACUUCGUUUGAUCAGAUUCCCGGAGCUGGAGCUACCAGCAAUUCGCCAAGACCUGAUAGCAGAUCAAGCAAUCAAAGCAGCAGCACGACGGGCAGGAGCAAGAGAACUGCCAGUCAAGAUCGCGUAUCCGUCCAGGGCUUUGGUUCGAGCACCUCACAAGGAAAGGCUCGUGUGAGAGGCAAAGCACGUGUCGGCAUCGUGCUCGGGUCAAUAUACAUGAUGGCAGGCCAUUGGAGUGAAGCUCUGACCAUUCUCGUCGAGCACACAAACAAAGCUCGAUCGCUUGGCGAUCAUUUAUGGCACGCGAAAGGUCUGGAGCAUCUCCUGGUAUGUAUGAUACUUUUGGCAUGGUCCGGCACCGAGUUUCAGGUGCCUUCACUCUGCGAUCCAGUGGCAGAACGCACCGGAUCUUCUACACUGGCUCGCUCAGCAGCUGAUGCCAGACUGGCAGCUGAAGGCAUGCAAAGGCAAAUUGUUCGUCUUUCCGUCGUAAUUCCAGACCUUGUACGACUGAUUCUCAGUCUGUAUCGAUCCGGCGAAGGAGCUCUGGAGCUUCCCUUUGUCGUUCAUUCCGAAGCAGCAGUCCGAGCAUCAAGACUCCUGACCAUCUUGAUAUCUGCUGGUGGCGAGCUUACACCAGCCAAGCUCUGGCCUCUCAUUUUGAACUCGAGCAGAUCACAGAACUCCGAUCAUGAAGACACAACACUCACACGCCAAUCUUCCGGAAUCGGUAGAGUGAAAUUGCCUUCCAGGGCAGUAGUCGCGGACAUAUUAGCCCAAGCAAUGCCAUCGAAUGAGGAAGGAUUAAGUACCAUCGACCACAUCCGUAUCCUCGCAGGGAUCGCCUCGUCGUAUGCUGUGCUUGGGUUUGCACGUAAAAAGGCUGUCGUCAUCAAGGAUCUAGUGAUUCGGCUCACUCAAGCACUGGUUCAGGCCAGGAAGCUUGGAGCAGCAGAAAUGGGCAUUCAUCCUGCUGCAAGUCUUUCCGUCGAGUCAGGCGCGGAGACGCUGCUAUCAAUUGCCGAAGAGAGCGGCGGUAUCAACGAUUUAAUGAAAGAUGCUUCGAAUAUCUACGGCGCAGCACUGGUGCCCGUCAGUCGAUCUAGCCCUCCUUCAUACAUCACAAGCAAAGCUUUUGGCAGUCCUGCUUUGAAACGCGACCUUCUUCGAGACCUCUCGGGUUUCUGCGAAGCUUCACCUGACCCAUACGGUGUGCUAUCGCUAACGACUUCUUUGCUUCGAAUCGCUGGCCCUUCUGCUGCUAUUGGAGCAGCAAUGGAUGGCACCACUAACCUAUUCACCCGUGAAGAUCAGAUGGACCUAGGAACGGUGAUCCAUCGGACUGUGGCUGUCUCGAGACAUCUUGGGCUCACCGAUGUCCAAGCUGUGUAUUGGGAUCCGUUCCUCGUGCGAAGGAUAGAAAUUCUGCAACCUGCGGGCCAGAGAGCAGUAAUCGACAGAAGCAAAAUUCACAUGGCUGAAAAGGUCGCUGACCGACCUCUUGAACCUGGCAACCCAUUCCUUUACGACCCAAGUGCCAGUCGACCUGGAACGGCGGCAGAGCAAACCUUUCUUCUCGUCCAAAACGAGGAAUCAGAAUGCAUCAUCACGCUCCAGAACCCCUUCGACAUUCCUGUCGACAUCGAGAGUCUGGAGCUCGUUACCGAGGGCAUGGAUCUAUAUUCUCACCACAUGCCCACGACGCUAGGUCCACUGCGAUUUCAACAAGUAGUGCUGAUGAUCUGUCCAAGGUCUGCAGGUACAACAAAGAUUAUUGGCUGUCGCGUCAAGAUGCAGGGUUGCUACCCUCAAAUCUUUCCCAUUGUAGCCAGCGCAUGGUCAGCAACGGAGCCGCUGACAUUGAAGGACCUUGGACUUGCGGCGCGGCUCCCAGAGAAUGGAGUCACGCAAGAUCUCAAAGAGCUUGGGAUUGAACCUGACGUGAUCUCGGCGACGGUAAUCGACGAGUUGCCCACGCUGACCCUUGAGAACACAGCGCAAUUGCAAUCGGGCCUGAUGCUCCUCGAAGGGGAAAGUCGAUCGCUGGAGCUUGUGCUACGAAACACUGGCAAGAUCACAGCAACCGUUUUCGAAGCUACAGACACUGGUGAUGUGUUACGCCGCGACGAUGAACACAAGCUGAAGGUGAGAGGUCUAAAGCAUAAGAGAUCAAAGUCGUUCCUACCAACAACGACUGUCAAACCAGGAGACUGCAUCACCUUCCGCUUUCGCGUGGAAGGAAGAGCUGGACUGUCGAAGACGCAAGCAAACUUCUACUACAGCGCAGCAGAUGCAGGCGAUAGCAAGCACGUGCGUGUUGUUUCUGCGCCAGUAGUCAUGACUGUCAACGCAGCGCUCCAAGUUCACAAUGUCGACAUCACACCAAGCAGAGAGCACGAUACUGAUUCGGUACUCGUCACCUUUGACAUUCGCAAUGCAUGGCCCAAGUCUGUCUUCUAUGAGUGUUUCAAUAAGAUGGCACCUAGACCACAAGACAUGGCCAAUGCGCAGGAAGGUCAGCUAUCUCCUGGUGAGAUACGGCGUAUGCAGCUUGAUGUGCGUCACAGCUCGAAGGACACUGAUUACGAAGACGACAUGGAUAGCGUUCGGAGGAAGUUCUUAGAUCAGUUGCAUGUGUCGUGGCGAGUAGAGGAGCACAGCGGGUAUGUUGACCUUCUCAGCCAAGUGCUUAGUGCAGAAUCACUCGACUUGUUACGUGGUCCGCCAGUCAAGCUGAUGCUGGAUAUAUCCGGCGGCGUGUCGAGUGCGGGUGUUGGCAGUUUUGUGACGAUCACGGCGAAGUUGUUGAAUCGUGGGAAGGCUACAGGACCAUUGUCAGUCCAGCUCAUACCCAGAGGUACAGACAGUGCGCGAGAGGAGAGGCGCCUGGCUACAGCGGGUACGCUGCGUAGGAUGCUCUCGCCGAUGGCAGAAGGCGAGGAGGCAACAGUGGAAUUUGUGCUCUGCCCUCUGUUGGCAGGCAAUCUGGAGGUUGACGGAGUUGCUCGCCCGGCGCAGAUCGGGCGACAUGUUGUCAAUGAGGGAUGGACAAGCAGGAGGACAUUGUCAAUAGAAGUGAGGUAG